UCGUGAAAAGCGCAUAACACUGGUUUGUGGACAAAGAGAACCGAGUAUUUUACAAAGUAAAGAAAUUGGCCACUUUCAAUACAAGGUAAUUAUGAUGUGGUUAUAUCACUCACAUCUGGUCCCAGUAAGUGAUUGGCCGGUGACGCGGGCAGGGCUGGAUGCGCCUUUUGGACUGGAGAUCCGGUGCGCGCAGACUAUGCCUCCGGACAAACUUUCCAAUUGAGACCCGAAGUCUGCAGAACCACGUCUAUUUUAAAGGUGUUGAACAGAAGCUAAAAAUGAAGUUGGCCAUCUGUUUGUUCAGAGAUUCUUCCAAAAGACUCUUUACUCUGACAUGCAAAUGCUGCUACCAACUUUGAAAACUGGACUUUCCCUCUGUUACAAAGACUGUAAAAUUCUCUGAUACUGAUCCUUUUCAAGGCAUUGCACUGGCUGAAUCCCAGCCAUGGAAGUGGCCCUGGUUGACUUUGAGAGCCUGGAGGACAUUGAUGGCAGCCUUGAGGAUGAAGUUGACACCUAUGCUGAUGAGACAACAGCUCUCACAGUGGAUGUUCCUCCAGAGCACAAUAACAGCCCAGACAUCAACAACGUCCUACAAGCCCGUCAACUGUCUGCCACCCCUUCCCACUGCAGCCCCAUACCGUCCUACAUUUGGGAAUCCACAUCAUCUUCACCCAUUCCACCAGCACAAAUACUGGGAUUACCUCAAUCACCGACGAUGCCAUCACCAAGUAGAAAGGGUCGCAGCAGCUGUGCCAGCAUGAUAUCCAACUGGAAACUGCUCUUAAGUAGUGAAUGUGUAAAAGAAAGCGAAACAAUCUUCAGUCGGCUAACGAAGGAGUGCUGUGAGGAUCUUUUUGCAGAUAAAAGAGGCCUUGAUGAUGGAGACCAGAAGGUCAUAAUCAACAUCGCUGGUCUUCGUUUCGAGACACAACUCAAAACACUGGACCAGUUCCCUGAAACACUUCUUGGAGACCCUUUUAAGAGGAUGGAGUACUUCGAUCCUAUGAGGAAUGAAUAUUUCUUUGAUCGUAACCGACCAAGUUUUGAUGGAAUCUUGUAUUACUAUCAGUCUGGUGGUAAAAUUAGAAGACCAGCUAAUGUUCCCCUUGAUGUGUUUGCUGAUGAAAUUUUAUUUUAUGAGCUUGGACAUGAAGCUAUGGAACAGUUCAGAGAAGAUGAAGGAUUUAUAAAAGACGUUGACAUACCUCUCCCUAAAAAUGAAAUGUAUAGGCAGUUUUGGUUGCUUUUUGAAUAUCCAGAGAGCUCUAAUGCUGCACGAGGUGUAGCACUUGUUUCUGUCCUGGUCAUUGUCAUAUCCAUCAUCAUUUUCUGCAUGGAGACACUGCCGGAAUUUAGAGAUGACGCUGAUGUAGUUGCCACAGCAGUCCAUCAUUUUAACCAAACUAGAGGUUCUCCCUUUGGUUCAUUAUCUGGUGAAAGGCUGAAAACAUUCUCAGAUCCUUUCUUCUUUGUUGAGACUGCCUGCAUAGGUUGGUUUGCCUUCGAGUUGUGCAUUCGUUUUCUGGUAUGCCCAAGUAAAAGUGAGUUCUUCCACAACCUUAUGAACAUGAUUGAUAUUAUAUCCAUUAUUCCCUACUUUGUGACUUUGAUCACAGAACUGGCCACAACCCAUCAAGAGAGUUCAGGACAGAACAUGUCUUUGGCGAUUUUACGUAUUAUCCGUUUGGUCAGAGUGUUUCGUAUUUUUAAACUAUCACGUCAUUCUAAAGGACUGCAGAUCUUGGGUCAGACUCUCAAGGCCAGUAUGCGUGAGCUUGGAUUGCUCAUCUUCUUUCUUUUUAUUGGAGUGAUCCUCUUCUCCAGUGCCAUCUACUUUGCAGAGGUAGAUGACCCUGAUACACAGUUUGUCAGCAUUCCCGAUGGUUUUUGGUGGGCUGUUGUUACAAUGACAACUGUAGGAUAUGGAGACAUGUAUCCUAUUACCCUUGGGGGUAAGGUUGUGGGCACCUUGUGUGCAAUAGCAGGUGUCUUGACAAUUGCUUUGCCUGUUCCUGUCAUUGUUUCAAACUUCAACUACUUCUACCACAGAGAGACUGAAGCAGAGGAUAAGGUUCCCAUGACUGAGGCCAUCGAGCAAGCCAUAAAGGCUGAAGAAAGUAACAAACGUCGCAGCAAUAGUUCACUAAACAAAGCCAAUGGUAUCUGACAGAAUAAAGGGAAAACAUGUUGACUGACAAAAAAACUUUCCUCAGAGCAUCCAAUAUAUUCAGUACAGAAAAUCAUAUGAAUGAAAUAUUACUGAGAAGAAAAUCCAAAGAAAGUACAAAAUAAUUAUUGACUGUUUAUUGUUAACAAACAGGGUGUACCACAAAUACCUCUUUUGUUGGGCCUUUUUUUUAUCUGAAAAGGGCAGACUUUGUUGGUUUUCCUGUAAAUUUAUCAUGUUUAAUUUCAGGUGUAUUUUGUCAUUCUUUACUAAUUUAUGCGAUAUGUAGUUAUUUUAGAUGUUUAAAUCUGUCAUUUUGGCAACCUGUCAACAUUGAACUUGUCAUACCUGUUUAGCAUUGUUUAUUUCUCUUUUUUUACCAUAAAUCAUAGUAACUUGGCUUAAAGAAGUUAUACUAUCUUGCAUUUACAAAAGUUAUAUGACAUGAUUUCCAUAUUUAACAUAUUUAAUGUUGUAUCUUGUUAAAAUAUAGAAUAGCAAUCAUUACAAACUACACUUCUAUAAUGCCUUGCAAAAGUAUACAUAUUUCGUCAGAGUUUAUAUGGUAAACUAAAAACAAAUUACUGUAUACAUCUACUUGGGACAUGAAAAGAGAAUGAUACUGUUAAAUAAAAUACAGUGCAUCCAACUGCCUUUAGAAAUCACCAAAUUUGUUAUUUUGUGUCAUGGACUGCAUGAUGAAGACCAAAGAAAAAAAGGAUCACAGUUGUGUCAAAGUCAAGAGCAUGUUUUAGUUGUAAAUAAAAUAUUCCAGCUUUUCAUAUCUCAUGGAGCACUUUCUAUUCUAAAUGUAAUGUAGAAUAUAAUGGGG